AUGUCCGACAUUAACAUCGAUACUGCUUCCUUGGAGCAAUUAAGAGAUGUCUUAGUAAACAAAACCGGAGACGUUGCCUUGGCUAUCAGAUUUAGAGCACUUUUCAACUUGAAAAACAUUGGUGCCGACUCCGCAUCAUCCACUGAAGACUCCCACAAGGCCAUCGACUACAUAGCUGAAUCGUUUGCUGAUGACUCUGAAUUGUUGAAGCACGAAGUCGCCUAUGUUUUGGGUCAAAUCAAGAGCUUGUAUGCCGCACCACACCUUAGAGCUGUGUUGGAGGACAACAACCAACAGGUGAUGGUUAGGCACGAAGCAGCUGAAGCUAUCGGUGCCAUUGGUGACAAGGAAUCUUUACCUAUGUUGGAAGACUACUUCCAAAACGAUCCACAAAUUGAAAUUAGACAAACCUGUGAAUUGGCCAUUGAAAGAAUUAAGUGGGAACACUCGGAAAAGCCUAAGCAAGAGAACUUAAAAGAGUCUAUGUACUCUUCAAUUGACCCAGCUCCACCUUUGGCUCAAGAAGAUGUGAAGAUUGAAAAGUUGAAGAACAUCUUGAACGAUCAAGACAAGCCAUUGUUUGAAAGAUACAGAGCUAUGUUUAGAUUAAGAGAGUUAGGAACUGACGAAGCAUGUUUGGCUCUUGCUAGUGGGUUCGAGGAUCCAUCUGCACUUUUCAAACAUGAGAUUGCAUACGUUUUCGGACAAUUGUGUAACCCAGUCACGGUUCCUUCUUUGAUCAAGGUUCUUAAGAGUGAAGAUGAAGCUGCCAUGGUUAGACAUGAAGCUGCUGAAGCCUUGGGAUCAAUUGCAACUGAUGAAUGUUUGCCUGUUUUGCAAAGUUUCUUGAACGACAAAGAUGUAGUCGUUAGAGACUCGGCCGUAGUUGCAUUGGAUAUGUAUGAGUAUGAAAACUCCACUGAAAUGUGA